CCCAUUUUUCAAGAAAAUAUUUACAAAAUAAUUUUCUCCUUCAUUUAUUACCCCAACUAUUUUCUUACAUAACAUCUCUCCAAUCAUUGCUUCAAAAGGAUAAAAGUUAAACAAAAUUAAUUUUCACUUUGUUUACUACCUUUACCCUUACUCUUUUCUCAUAAAUACUUUAUGAGAGAGUAUUCAAUCACCAAGCUAAAAAUCUGAGUGACAUAACUAAGUAGAUUUUCUUUAUGAACGUGUUUUAGUGGCUUUUUUUAUUGUUUGUCUCUCUAGUCCUCUCUAAUAACCAGUAACGAUUUUGCCGUAUUUUUGUAGUAUUUUUAGAUUUUUUCCCUCCAAAUUAAAGUAUUAUCUUUGUAGAUCAUUUUAGUAGUAUUGAAAUGAUGAUUGUGUAGUGUUGCACGAUGGUUCGAUGAUUUGAUAGUAAUGUUUUAUUGUAUUGUAAUAUAAUUAUUUUAGCCGAAUAAAAAAUUAAAGAAAAAAAUAAAAAAAAGUUGAGAAAUUAGAAAAAUAAGGAAGAGAGGGAGAAAAUGACAAAAAUAAUGAGAUAGAGGAGAUGAAAACAGAAAACAAAACAAAAAGAAUAAUUAAAAAUAUGGUAAAUGAUUUAAUUAUUCAUUUUUAGAAUACCCAAUAGCAAUUCGGCCAUAUAUCUUUUUGCUCCGAGAAUUGCGGAAUCGCAUUAGGCUAGGGUUUAGGGUUUUUAUUGCCAUGAGUGCCGCCGGCACUCCGCCGGCGGUCCCGCCGGUCCCUUCCAGUCACCCCCCAGACCAGCCGGUGAUCACGUCUCUAACAUCGUCGCCGGUGCAGGUCUCUAAGAGGUCGAAGACCAUGGAUACAGGCUUUUCAGGGGGAGAAGCCAUGCACGUGGAAGUUCUCACGCAAGCCGCAGCGGCCGUGGCAGGGGAAACCCGAGCUGCCGAGAUAGAAAACCAGACCGGACCUAUAACCUCGACGACGGGGGGCUCCUAUCUGGACAAAGUUCUGGGACGCCAAUCACAUGUGGACAGCGAGAUGAUCGAGGAGGAGGAACCAGAACCGAUUGAUAGCGAUGGAGAAGGAGAGCCGGAUUGCCCGAAGAUUUCCUUCCCGAAAGGCUUCCACGGCCGCCGGAGCGCACGCUGGAAACGUGCUCUCGUCGUUCGGGUCCUGGGACACUCCUUCCCGUUUCUCUUCCUCCAGCGUCGUCUUCUUAGUAUGUGGGCCAGAACUGGUCCAAUUACCGUGGCAGCAAUGGGACGAGGCUUCUACUCAGUUCGUUUCACUACAGAGCAAGAUUUUGAACGAGCACUAACGGAGGGGCCAUGGAUGAUCGAAGAUCACUACGUACUCACCCGUGUAUGGACAAGAGGGUUCGAACCGGAAGAUGAAGAAUUGUCAAAAACUCUCGUCUGGGCUAGAUUGCCUAAACUUCCCAUGGAUUACUAUGAUGAGGAGCUAAUAGCAAAUGUGGGUAACUCUGUUGGUAGGUUUGUUAAGAUUGAUGAAGCUACAAGGCAAGCAACGCGGGGCCAUUUUGCGCGUAUGUGCGUUGAGGUCGAUCUGUCACGCCCCCUUAUAUGCAAAUAUAAGCUAGAACGAAGAACGCGUCGGAUUGAGUAUGAGGGACUCCACAAGGUGUGCUUUACCUGUGGAAGAUACGGCCAUACUGACGACAUCUGCCCCAAGAAGGAGAUGGAGUCACCUUCCGAAGAAGCGUUCCGAACGGCCCACAUCCCCAAAAGCAAGACCACCAUUGAACAAGAGAGGCCAGAGAUCUUUGAGGAUUAUGGACCGUGGAUGAUCGCCUCUAGUAACAGACGCCGUAGACCUACAGGAGCUAAAGAUGUUUCACAGAAGCCUACCCAGCGACCAGUUCAGGGGAAGACGAACCCAGCGGGCUCUCGCUUCGAUGUUUUGAACAGCCUGAACGAUGAGCUACGCGAACACCAGGAGAAUUUGGCUAAGGAGCGGGGAACCGAGGGUGGCGGAGCGGAUACCGUAAUGAGUGGUAAUGACAAUAAUGCGGCUACACAGGAGAGUGAUCGACCUAAUUCGGGACCUAGUCAGCCUUUGAGAGAAGCUAAGUCAAAGCAAGUGUGGGUGCCAACCCAGCAGAGGAAAGAUGGUGAUGGUAGGGAUUACGUUUUGCUGACCAAAGAGAACACAGUGACCAGGACGAACGUUAUGCCUACUAGCCAACACCAAUUUCACCACGGGAAUAAUGGCGAAGUAGCCCGGAGCGAGGACAAGCUGGCAGCUUCGGCUAGCCAGGCGAAUGUGACGAGCACUAGUGGCCCUUUUCCUGUUGAAGCCGAUCAAACUACAGCGAUGCUUAUCCCUAGUCAGCAAACAGGCAGGCCCCCGGACAACAAACAGCCGGUUGCACGUAGUCUGGACCUCAACAGAGACGCUCUCCUCUCUGGGGAGAAUGCUUCGAUGAAUGGCAGCACAUGUGGGAGUGCUAGCGAGAAUGUGAAUGAACUGACGACGUCCAUCAUGGACGUGGAGCAGCGGGAUUGACCAGGGGAGUUUACUACUCCUGUGCAUCUUGAGUUACUUUUAAUCAAUUUUUCUUUAAAUG